UUGCGCUGUCAGGUAGCCGGUAGGCGACCUCGACACUGGCCCGGUGGUGGUGGCGAGUUGCUUGGCAGCUCGGCUCCCUCGUCACCAGCACCAGUCACAGUGACGCACCAACAUGGCGCGGGCGUCUCCUGUUCUCUACGUACUAUACGUCACGGCCCUGGUGGUGGGGGGCAACGAUGCUGGGGGACACCCGUGGUCUUCUCUCUCUGGUGGCCGAGCAGAAGGACGCGGCGAGACGAGCGCUCCAGCCUGGCCCUGGCAGCCGCUCUCCGUCAACAUUCCCAUCCCUCGAGGUGUGAGCGGCUCGACUCUCCCGCUCGUCAUCCUGCCGCUGCCGAUUCCUGCUGCGCCUGUCCCGCCACAGCCACAGACUGAGUGCAGAAUAAGCGAAGAAGAUAAAAACUCGAACAAGAUUCAUUUCGAGCAUGAUUUAAAGGACUACGUGAGAUCGGAACCACAACCGGCACCGCGACCGCAGAGCGCGGUGUUCCCGGGUGCACCUCCAGCGGAGCCCCCGGCAGCACCCCCUGCAGCCCCAGCACCGCCCCCAAAGCCACAGCAGUAUCCAUCGUACGUGCGGCCUGAGGAGCUCGACCAGACAGUUUCUGCACCGCGCAUACAGACCAUAUACACGUCCGAGGAGUUGGUGGAGCUGUUCCGUGCGCAGUCUCCCGUGGCGCCCGAGUUGCCGCCAGUUCUCCAGUCGGCCCACGAUCGCAGCGAGCGCCACCAGAUGCCGGAGUUGGCGGACGCGGCGGCACCUGGUCCGCAGCAGGACGCGGCCCCCGCCGUCCCCGUGGCCAGGGGGCGGUUCUCCGCACGAGACCCCCCCGCGCCCCGCAUCACCCGCUCCCUGCUGAUCAGCGGCGAGCUGACAGUGCCACGCGCCGACUACACCGAGUCCUACAUGGCUUGGUGGGACGCCAACACGGGCGCUGCUCGCGUCGAAUACUAUGGAGGGUCCACUUCCACCUACAGAACUGUCGAGCCAAACGGAAGCGUUCAGAACCUUGAAAUGCGCGUGGACCGAUCCGGAGAGGUCGCGAUCCGUCGCUGCGGCCGCACGCCGCGUGAACCAGCCACGGACGGCGCGCGUACUCCGCCAGCCCUGCCCAACCUCAGCUUGUUCAAUUUUGCUGGUUACGAGCAGUACGGCGAGCAGAAGGUGGAGCGGUGGCGUCACGUGGUGUCAGGACGCGCGGGACAGGCUGGCGCCGCGCGGGGGGAGGUGCUCACCUUCCGCCAUGACCUGCUACUGGCGCGGCGUGAACCUGACAACGUGCAGCCCCUCGUGUACACCGUGGCAGUAGACAGCUCGGUGUUGGGACCAGACUGUGACGGAUAUCAACAUCGGUACUUGGUCGUCACUCCGCACGACAAAGGAAACGAUUUCUUCAGACCGAAUAUUGAAGAACUUUGUGACGUGGUGGAGUCGUUGAACACAUCCAACCCCGAGCACCGCGCGAGACUUGACCCACUCGCCGAGUUCACGAUGAAGCAGAGGGACGCGAGAUACGACGACAAAUUGAAGCGAUUUAAAACAGAAUUCGAUCGUCAGUAUAUUGACGACAAGGAGGAGGCGGUGAGGAAGAACCUCCUGAUGCAGCACAGCAGGUUCACUUCGUCCGGGAACAGAGAGGGUGCCACCGUCGAGCUCGGCCUGAACUUCCUCGGGGACCGGCUCGACGUUGAGCUGGAGAGUCUGAUGGGAGUGCAGCUAUCGCAGGAGCGGUUCCCGGCCGAGCGAUUCCCGCAUGAGCGCCGCGACUUGCAGCGCGCCGAGCCACGUCUUCCCGAUAAGUUCGACUGGCGGCCGCGCGGCGCCGUAUCGCCAGUGCGCUUUCAGGGCGCUUCGUGUGCGUCUUGCUGGGCGUUUGCAGUGGCCGGCGCUGUAGAAGGCGCACUCUUCGUGAAGACACGCCGGCUCGUACCGCUCUCCGAGCAGUGUCUCGUCGACUGCGCCCAACCGUUUGGCGCCAAGGGUUGCAAAGGCACCUGGCCCAGUAACGCAUACGACUACGUGCAGAGCCGUGGACUACCCGCACUCGACGAGUACACGCCGUACCAGGAGAAGGUGUUGGAGUGCAAGGACCAGGUGAUCCCAGCCGUCACCCGCAUCAGCUCACAUGUCAACGUGACAGCGAACAGUGUACCUGCGCUCAAGGUGGCGAUCAAACAACAUGCGCCGAGCGUCGUCAUCAUCGAUGCGAAGGCGAAGAGUGUGGUGUUCUACAAGAAGGGUGUCCUGUACGACGACAGAUGGUCAGUGUCCUCCCCUGAUACUUGUUCUCGUAAUAUACAAACGUAUACUGAACUAAACUGAUCAAGUAAAUUAUAC